AUCACCUUUUUCCUAUUCAAACCCAAAUUAUUUAAUAUAAAUAAGGACCUGCGUGUUGGAAUUUGGUUAGUAAGCAGCAAUCACUAAAAUGAGCAGCAGCGUAGGAAAGGUUGUUUGCGUCACCGGUGCUUCCGGUUACAUCGCUUCAUGGAUCGUCAAAUUUCUUCUCCACGGUGGCUACACCGUUAAAGCCACCGUCAGAGACCCAAGUGAUCCCAAAAAGAUCGACCACUUGCUUAAACUCGAUGGCGCUAAGGAGAGACUGCAACUCUUCAAAGCAAAUCUACUCGAAGAAGGUUCUUUCGAUUCCGUUGUUCAAGGCUGUUAUGGUGUUUUCCAUACUGCAUCUCCUUUUUAUCACGAUGUUAAGGAUCCUCAGGCUGAAUUGAUUGACCCUGCUUUGAAAGGGACUCUCAAUGUUCUCAAAUCAUGUGCUAAAUCACCGUCUCUUAAGCGUGUUGUUUUAACCUCUUCUAUGGCUGCUGUUGCGUAUAAUGGAAAGCCACGUACUCCGGAUGUUGUUGUUGAUGAGACUUGGUUUACUGAUCCUGAUCUCUCUAGGGAAUCAAAUCUGUGGUAUGUGCUUUCAAAGACAUUAGCUGAAGAUGCUGCUUGGAAAUUUGUAAAAGAAAACAACAUUGACAUGGUUACUAUUAACCCAGCAAUGGUCAUAGGGCCUCUCUUGCAACCAGUCCUAAACACAAGUGCUGCUGCAAUUCUAACCCUCAUCAAUGGUGCACAGACAUAUCCAAAUGCUGCUUUUGGAUGGGUCAAUGUGAAAGAUGUUGCAAAUGCCCAUAUUCUGGCGUAUGAGAAUGCUUCAGCUAGUGGAAGACAUUGUCUGGUUGAGAGAGUCGUGCACCACUCAGAAAUUGUGAAGAUUUUACGUGAACUGUACCCUUCGCUACAACUCCCAGAGAAGUGUGCAGAUGAUAAGCCGAGUGUGCCUAUAUAUCAGGUUUCCAAAGAAAAAGUGAAGAGCUUGGGAAUCGAAUACAUUCCUUUGGAAGUGAGCAUCAAAGAGACUGUGGAAAGUUUGAAAGAGAAGAAGUUUGCCAAGCUUUAAAUUGUGGAAUUAUGAAUGUUUAGUUUAUGUUGUUAAUGCCUAUGCUUUGCGAAGAAACUUAGUGUGUGAAAUAAGUGAUUGAUUCAUCUGUGAUUUGGUUUGUACCCGUGACGGAACAGUGAAUGAGUUAUAUUGAACCAACCUUUUUGAUGCAUUAUAUUAUGUAAUCUGUAUUUCUGUUAGCUGCCAUCAAAUGAGAUCUUAUAGGCUCAUUCUGUACUUUACUUAUGACUCCUAUUGUAUAAGAACCUCAAUGAACCAGCAAUUUGCUUGUAUGUUAUGACAUCUACACGUUCUUGAUCA